AUGACGGUCAGACGCUUCAACUCUCUGCUGCUGCUCGCUCUGCUCACAGUCAGUGGAUCCAGCAGCAGGAAGGUUGUUGGUCGAGCAGGUGAGGACGUCACUCUGCCCUGUAAAUAUGACAUCAAGAGUAACGGACCAACAGCAGUCUGUUGGGGUCGAGGAUCAAUACCAACUUCAGGCUGCAACAACCAGAUCAUCUACACAGACGGAUAUAAAGUGACAACCAGAGCUUCCAGCAGGUAUCAGUUACUGGGACGACUGGAGGAUGGAAAUGUUUCUCUGACGAUCCUGAAGACCACAGAGGAAGAUGCUGGACGGUACGGAUGCAGAGUGGAGAUAGUUGGUUUGUUCAAUGAUGAAAAACAUCACAUCGAUCUGAGCAUUGAGAAAGCUCCGUCGACCUCGUCAACACCAACCACAAAAACAACUGAACAGACUCUACAGACAGAACAGACGACAAACACAUCAGGUCAGGUGACCGCUACAUGGAGCCUCCCAACUUCCUCAAAUAGCAUCGAUCCUGAGCCACAGCAGGAGGACCAAGACGGUGGCAGCGUUCCUGUGGUUCUGGUGUGUGUUCUGCUCCUGUUGAUCGCUUUGGUCACAGCGGGCGUCGUUGUCGUUAUCGGGAGAAGAUGGAACCAACAUAAAAUCCCUCAGCAGCAGCAGCAGCAGCAGCAGCAGCAGCAGCAGCGGACUAACACUUCGGUCCGGUUCAGCUCUAAUUCAUCGGCUCUGGAGCUUCACCGUCGAGGUACUGCGGUGGAGAACAUCUACCAGAUCGAUGCCGACGGCGACGGCGAAGGUGGCGGCAACAACGGCGGUGUGUACGAAGUCUUACCCUGAGGUAUGAGAGGACAAUGAGCUGCACACUAAUAACACAAAGUGACAGCAGGAAUCAGCUGUGAGACGGACCUGAACCGCCACAACAAACCAGACUCUGAAGCUUCAAGACUGCAGAGAAACCAACUCAGAGUCCCAGAGGGCUUUGCUGCAAGAAACAUCCAAUCAGAGAGCUUCAGACGGCGUCCACGUCAUGUGAUGAUGGAGGAUGUUGAUGACCUGCAGGCGUUCAGGUCAUGAAGACGACUGCUUGUUUUUAUAUUUAAUUUAAUAUCACAUCAAACUACUUUUUA